GAUAUAUUGUAUGUCAGUGUAUAUAUACAGUCUGGAAUAGAUUUAGAGACUUACCGGUUCAUUUUUCUCUUCACCAUUGACACCUACGUUUAAAUUUUUGAAGGAGUUUCAAAGAGAGAGAGAGAGAGAGAGUAACAUGGAAGAUCGUUGCUUAAUCAAGAACGAUGUGACUGAAUUGAUUGGUAACACACCAAUGGUGUAUCUGAAUAAAGUUGUUGACGGUUGCCUAGCCCGUAUAGCCGCCAAGCUUGAGAUGAUGGAGCCUUGCUCUAGCGUCAAAGACAGAAUCGCUUAUAGUAUGAUCAAAGAUGCAGAGGACAAAGGAUUGAUUACUCCCGGAGAGAGUACAUUGAUUGAGCCAACGGCUGGUAACACCGGGAUAGGACUAGCCUGCAUCGGUGCAGCAAGAGGCUACAAAGUGAUACUUUUGAUGCCCUCAACGAUGAGCUUGGAGAGGAGAAUCAUUCUAAAAGCAUUAGGUGCAGAGCUUCAUCUCACAGAUGUGAAGAUAGGCAUUAAAGGAAUGCUGGAAAAAACUGAAGAGAUAUUAAGCAAAACACCUGGUGGUUUUGUUCCACAACAGUUUGAAAAUCCUGCAAACCCUGAGAUUCAUUACCGAACCACCGGUCCGGAGAUAUGGAGAGAUUCAGCAGGGAAAGUAGAUAUACUGGUUGCUGGUGUUGGGACUGGUGGAACGGUUAGUGGAGUAGGGAAGUUCCUCAAGGAGAUGAAUAAAGACAUUAAGGUUUAUGCGGUUGAACCUUUAGAAAGUCCUGUACUCAGUGGAGGAGAACCAAGUCCACAUUUAAUCCAGGGAAUUGGUUCUGGUAUCAUCCCAACCAAUUUGGAGUUAAGCAUUGUUGAUGAGAUCAUUCAAGUGAAAGGUGAGGAAGCUAUUGAAACAGCCAAGCUUCUUGCUCUCAAAGAGGGAUUGUUGGUGGGAAUAUCAUCUGGAGCCGCAGCAGCGGCUGCGUUAAGGGUUGCAAAGCGGCCAGAAAAUGCAGGGAAACUCAUUGUGGUAAAGGUGGUUUUUCCCAGUGGAGGAGAACGUUAUCUAUCGACUAAACUGUUCGAUUCUGUUAGGUUUGAAGCAGAAAAUUUGCCGGUUGAAUGAGUGGCGUCUUAAAAAUAUAUGUCUGUACCAAGGUUACAGUUUGAUUGUUCCUGGUCGUUGGAAAAUUUAGAAAAUGUUACAUAUUCAAUGAUGAAUAAUUAUAAGGAAUGACUUGGUGUGUC